AUGGCAGCAUCCGAGGGCUCCAGUCCAGAAUCUUUGGAGACUUACCAUCCCCCUACACCGCAUCCCGAUACUGGCGUUCAGGACCCAAGGACGCAUUAUUUUCGGAGGCGCCCGUCCUCGUGUGAGUUUACUGACGCUCGACAUGGUGAAAACGAACAGAUUGGCAUGGAUGAUGCAGACAUAACGCAAUCCACUUUCAUAGAUCAACCGAAGGGAGGAGCCGAGGAUCCAGAUGAUGCACGGGACGUCAUGGACAUGCCACCCAUAUACAAGGUCGUCACUCCCUCUUCUCCGCUCACGUCCCAUGCAGUUCGGCGCGAGGAGACCACACAAUCAUCGUCCUCAAAGAAAUCUGGCGAGGAUAGCCCUAACCUCUCUCCAAGGGAACGCCGCAGGAUUCUCGAAGCCAGAGUGGAGGCAGAACGUCUUGAGCAGGUCGAAGAAUGGUUGAAGACGUUGAAAAUGUUGAAUGUUGGCGAUCCGCUCCUAAGUGAAGCUGGCAUUUCAAACGAUGGCAGGUUUAACUUUCUAACCGGAGAAGGAGAAGAGGACGACAGCUCUCCCUUUGGAGAACCAUCUAUCACGUUUUUGUCGGCUGAAGGCAGCAAUUCUCCUCAGUUGCGCCGGAGCGACCAGUUGACGUCCGAUAUCAUAGAUACGACGACCGAAUAUUGGCCACAGCAGCGCGCACCGCUUCCCUCUGGUCACUCUCGAGCUGUCUCUCCGGCCAUAGGUUCCACUCGACACCGAGAGGUAUCAUUUACUGCACAUCCAACCAUCAUUCCAGAACCCUCUGCACCUCAAGCAGGCUCCACAAUGCUCGCUCCGGCAAGGGUUACCUAUCUACAAGCCAUCCAACGCCAGCCCCCAGCUACAAAGAAGCAGAAAAGUCCAUACCGCCAGAAAAGCUCCUCGCCAUACGAACCCCAUAGUGGCCGCCGGCAGACGUCGUUGCCCGAAGACAUAUUCGAUCUAAACCGGGAGGCGGAAAAGGAUUUCCGUCUGACAAGAGGAGCGUAUAUCACGGCAAGCAAUGUUCUCCGUGAGGACAAAGACGAGGAUGAGGAAGACCUGGAACAGUACAGGGAGAUGGAUCUUGCGCCGCUCGAUCCGGUUAUGCACGUGGAGUCGGGCAAUGCCGGGGAUUUGAUCGUGGCAGGUGUUGCUAGCCCGAUGCGGAAUGUUGGGAUGAGCAGGAGUAUGGAUAACCGACGGCUGGAUUUUGGAAGCACAUUGGAAGAGGGGAGAGAAGAGAAGCUGAAUAGGGGAGAGAUGUCGGGCCAGCAUCUGAAGAAGCGGUAUGGAAGGAGUAUACACCAUGCAGUUGACGCCGGAUAUGAGGAGAGAGAGCUCAAAGAGGACCUGACUAAAGUUGAACCCGCGCGGGAAACGAUGAGCGAACAGAGAAUACCAAAGGAUAGGGAAGGCAAAGGGAUGUUGGUGGAGGACGAUGGCGAGGCCAAAGAUCCCAUCGACGAGGGAACUUCGGCAUCUGCAUUAAUGGAGAAGACAUCAUCGUCUGGCGAUUGGGAGAUGGUAUCGAAAGCCAACGCUGGUCUGCUCGUGGAAGACGACCUCCCUGGAAUGAGCGUAGCACAAAGAAGGGUACUGUCGAUGAGGGAACAGCCCUCUUUCAUCAACUGCGUGGCGUUGAUUCCCAUGGCCAUGGUGGCGGCGCUCGUCUGGGUUCCUGCAGGGAGGGCGUAUGGAUAUGUUCACGAUGCUUUUUCCAGUUUGAUGGUUGAUGCGAUGGAGGAAGCUGCGGAGGAGAGGGACUGA